AUGGACCAUCAUUAUGGAAAUCCCAUUCGACAAAGAAUAAACAAGAUAUUCGAUACGCACCUAUUAACUGAUAACAGUGAUGUUCUAAAAACAGCGUCUGGAAUAUGCUCUUCGAAUUCUGCUUACACGAGAAGAGUAUUGGUGAACGAAAUUGAAAAGAGAGAUGUACUUGUCAAUAAAGCUGUGUUAUCAGAGUUUGGUAAAGUGAAAGAUAAACUACAAGUGUUUCUUGAAUCUUUGGCUUCUUUGGAUGCUGCAGUAAAAGACAUGUCUAGUAGACUGCAAGAUUCUAAAAUUAAAACCCAUCAUUUGAUCAAGCAAACUACCAAACUCAAAGAGGAAAGAAAAAAGACUGAUAAGAAGCUUCUUUGGGUUGAUGCAUUUGUACAGAAUUUCCAGUUAUCACCAGAGCAGAAUGAAUAUCUUUAUAAUGUAUCUAUAAAAAUGCCAAUCACAGCUGACUUCUUCAGCACUUUAACACAAAUCGAGAAGUUAAAUGAUAAUUGUAAAACUCUUGUAAAAUGUUGGUAUCAGACUUCUGCAUUUGACAUUAUGGAGAUAAUAGGAAUGCAACAGGAAGUUGCUAUAGAAAAACUUUAUCACUGGACAAUAGGAGCAUGUCUUAGUAUUGAUUCCCCUAACAAUGCAUUAGUUCCAAAAGCAUUAGCAAAAUUUCAGAAUAGACAAGUUUUAUUUUCUAAUAUUGUUGAUGAAUAUUGUUCUGCUCGUAAAGCAACUACAGUGCAAUCAUUUAUUGAUGCCUUAACUAAAGGUACGGAUAAUGGCUCUAAACCUAUAGAAUUUUAUGCAAAUGAUGCUAAACGGUAUAUUGGAGAUAUAUUAACUUGGGUUUAUCAAAUUAUACCCAUUGAAAAAGAAAACCUUUUUACACUCUUCAAAUGUUGUAAUAUUCAUGAUAAAAGUCAAUUGAUAACAGAAGCUUUAACUAAUAUAAUGGAAGCAAUUUGUCCUCUAUUAAAGGUAAGAGCUGAACUUAUAUUAAAACCUGACAAAGAUCCAUUAAUUCUGUGCUCUAUAACAAAUUUAAUUGUGUACUAUAAAGAUGUAGUACAAAGUGUCAUACCUAAAGGACAUUUGAUUGACACUUUUGAGGAAUUGUUAAAAAAAAGUGAAGAAGUGUUUCUGAUUACCUUAGAUAACAAGAUUCAGAGGGAACUUAGUUAUGGAGUAAAAGCUCCACCAGUUGAUUUAAAUCCUUCUUCAGUUGUUACUGAUUUGGUUAGUUUUCUUCGAGAUUUACUGGCAGUUAUGAACAUUUCUGACAAUCUCAACAAAAAUGAUAAAAUGAUCAUUGCUAAUCAUAUAUUAGACCCACUUCUACAAGCAAUAAAUGAAACUGCUUGUCAUCUGAGCUCAACGGAUAUGUCAGUUUAUAUGCUUAAUUGUAUUUAUCAUAUACAAUGUACUCUUUCAUUGUAUACAGUCAUGGAUGAAUAUAAUGAAAGGCUGCAAGCACAAUCUGAAGCACAAAUUGAUACUUUAACAUCUGAGCAGGCAAGUUUUUUAGUAGCUAAUCUGAAUUUAGGUCCAAUAUACACAAUCUUACAAGAGAAGAUUAGUGGACCUUUAUCUGCUAUACCUGGAAUGGAUUCAUCAACAUUAAAAAAAUUCCUAAACAAGUUUGAUUUAUUCAUAGUUUCUCCAGAUAUGUACAUAUUAUCACAGCUGAAUUUAUUGCUGAGUCAUUCACACAAGUCUAUUAUAAAGAAGAGAGCAUUUGAAGUAAUAUUAGCUAUCUAUACUCAACUGUACAAAGCUGUUCAUGACCCUGUAAAUGGUUAUCUUGAACCCCAUACAGUAGUACGCAGAAACCCAGAGGAAGUUACAAAACUGCUUAAGUGA